UUUUCCUCUUUUUUUCUUCACUGUCACUGUUUCUCAUCUCUCAUAAUAGAAUAGAGAAUAACCCAGACACAUGGGAAAGCCAGAUAAAGAAACUUUACAAAUCUUGUCUUUCUAGCAGUGUUGAUUCACUGCACGAGAAUAAUGCAUUUUUUGUUUUUUAAAAUUGUAAGUUAUUCACCAUUAUAUUCCUUUCCUUCUUUUGUUUGUUUGGGCUUCUACAAAUCGAAAGAGCUUCGUAAAAUUGUUUUUUGUUGGGAAGGUUUUCGGAUUGGAUUUUGGUGUCGAAAUGUGGAUGGAAGGGUUGGUUUUAUUGGUGGUAAACUCGAUUGAAGAAUCGAUAGAGAUUAGAUGAGUUAGUGUCUACUUUUUAGAUAUUUAAUGGAGCUCCUAAUCCGCUUUGGUUCAACAACCGUAGUCAGAUUUGGUUUUAAGCUUCGAUUUGCCGCCAUUAUAUUCAAGAUUUUAUUGAUAUUCUUAUGGUUUGAAGCUUCUACUGCAAAAUUUAGGGAGAAUCAUCUGCAGUGGGAAGUCCCAGAAAGAGGAAGUAGUGAAAACAUUGUCUCACAUUCAUGUAUUCAUGACCAGAUAAUUGAGCAGAGGACACGACCAGGUCGUAAUAUUUACUCGGUUACCCCUCAGGUUUAUGAACAUUCCGAUAUCCCAGAUCAUGUCCACCACAAAGGAAGGUCGUUGCUUGGGGUUCCUGAAUUGCUUGGGCAUACAAAGGAUGCUAAGCAACCUAUAAGAAUUUAUUUAAAUUAUGAUGCUGUUGGUCACUCACAGGAUAGAGAUUGUCGAAAAGUUGGUGACAUUGUGAAGCUUGGGGAGCCUCCUGUUAGUUCUCCUGGAUUACCCUCCUGCAAUCCCCAUGGUGGUCCUCCAAUUUAUGGUGACUGUUGGUAUAAUUGCACUUUGGAUGAUAUAUCCAGGGAGGAUAAACGUCAUCGCCUUCGCGAGGCUCUAGGACAGACAGCUGACUGGUUUAAGAGAGCCUUGGCUGUAGAGCCUGUGAAAGGGAAUUUGAGAUUGAGUGGAUAUUCUGCAUGUGGACAAGAUGGAGGUGUGCAACUUCCACGUGAAUAUAUUGAAGAGGGUGUUGUUGAUGCGGACUUGGUCCUGCUUGUGACUACGAGACCUACCACUGGCAACACUUUGGCAUGGGCGGUAGCAUGUGAGCGUGACCAAUGGGGCCGUGCAAUUGCUGGCCACGUGAAUGUUGCUCCUCGACAUUUAACAGCUGAAGCAGAGACUUUACUUUCAGCUACUCUUAUCCACGAGGUUAUGCACGUUCUUGGCUUUGAUCCGCAUGCUUUUGCCCACUUUAGAGACGAGAGAAAAAGGAGGCGUAGUAAGGUUACUGAACAGAGCAUGGAUGAAAAGCUUGGAAGGAUGGUAACUCGUGUAGUGCUUCCACGUGUUGUCAUGCACUCACGACAUCAUUAUGGGGCAUUCUCAGGAAAUUUUACGGGCUUAGAGCUAGAAGAUGGGGGAGGACGUGGCACAUCAGGAUCUCAUUGGGAAAAGAGGCUUUUGAUGAAUGAAAUAAUGACAGGAUCUGUGGAUACAAGAUCAGUGGUUUCAAAAAUGACUUUGGCUUUGUUGGAGGAUAGUGGAUGGUAUCAAGCUAACUAUAGCAUGGCAGAUCAUCUUGAUUGGGGUCGCAACCAAGGAACUGAUUUUAUUACUUCUCCUUGCAAUCUCUGGAAGGGGGCUUAUCAUUGCAACACAACCAAUUUUUCUGGUUGUACGUAUAACAGGGAAGCAGAGGGUUACUGCCCGAUUGUAACUUAUAGUGGAGACCUACCUAAAUGGGCUCGGUAUUUUCCUCAGGCUAACAAGGGUGGCCAGUCUUCUCUGGCUGAUUAUUGCGCGUACUUUGUGGCUUACUCCGAUGGAUCUUGUACAGAUACUAACAGUGCAAGGGCCCCAGACAGAAUGUUAGGUGAAGUAAGAGGGAGCAACUCUAGGUGCAUGGCUUCGUCCUUAGUACGUACUGGUUUUGUACGGGGUUCUAUCACCCAAGGAAAUGGUUGUUAUCAGCACAGAUGUGUAAAUAACUCUUUAGAGGUUGCUGUGGAUGGUAUUUGGAAGGCAUGUCCUGAAGCUGGUGGACCAGUUCAGUUCCCUGGAUUUAAUGGAGAAUUGAUUUGUCCUGCUUACAACGAACUCUGUAGCAAUCGCCCUGUUUCUGUGUCAGAGCAAUGUGCCAAUUCUUGUAAUUUGAAUGGUGACUGUGUCAAUGGAAAAUGUCAUUGCUUUCUUGGAUUCCAUGGUCAUGAUUGUAGUAAAAGAUCUUGCCCUAACGAUUGCAAUGGGCGUGGAAAGUGUCUGUCAAAUGGGGUUUGUGAAUGUGAAAAUGGCCGUACCGGAGUUGAUUGCUCUACAGCUGUCUGCGAUGAACAAUGCAGCCUACAUGGUGGGGUCUGUGACAAUGGAGUUUGUGAGUUCCGCUGCUCUGACUAUGCAGGCUACACAUGCCAGAACAGCUCCACACUCCUCUCCAGUCUUUCAGUAUGCAAAAAUGUGUUGGAGAGGGAGUUGUCUGGGCAACACUGUGCACCCAGUGAGGGAAGUAUAUUGCAGCAGCUAGAAGAAGUUGUUGUCAUGCCGAAUUACUACCGUCUGUUCCCUGGCGGUGCUAAAAAAUUAUUUAAUAAUCUCUUCGGGAGCAGCUACUGUGAUGCAGCUGCGAAGCAACUAGCCUGCUGGAUUUCUAUCCAAAAAUGUGAUAAUGAUGGGGACAACAGAUUACGAGUAUGCCAUUCAGCAUGUCAGUCAUAUAAUUUAGCAUGUGGAGCUUCACUAGACUGCUCAGACCAAACACUUUUUAGUAGUGAGGAGGAAGGUGAUGGCCAAUGCACCGGCACUGGUGAGUUGAAGCUUUCGUGGUUUAACCGGUUGCGAACUAGCUUAUUUUCAAGCAAUACAUCUUUGAAAAGAACAUCUAUAGAAUGUAGUCAGUCAUAGGCUCUUAAUUGUUCUUCUAAUUUUUGACUUGUAAUUUUCUAGGAUUCUAGCAUAGUAAAGGUGGCACAUAAUACUGUGUCCCAGCUGUAGAGUUUGUUUGUGCUUGGCCCCAAAAUCAAUUAGGAAAUUUGGACAUCAUUGGGCUUUGAAAGAUGAAAGCCACUUGUAGAGAAAACAAACCCCCCCCCCCCCCAAAAAAAAAAAAAAACCUCAUUUACUGUUGGCCGAAGGCCUUGAAAGGAAAGCGAAAUUCUCAUUAA